AUGGCCGACGAUCCCUGGGACGAUUGGGAGGCUGCUGCCGACGCUGGUUUAGAGCCAAAACCCGCUGGGACAACAGAUGACCACGAAAAAAAUAAACAAAUAUGGCAAGAAGCAAAUUCUUACUUGCAGCCAGAAAUUACCCGUACAGAUUCAACUCGAACAGAAUACGUACCACAACUUCGAAUUUUAAAACGUCCCAAGAAUCCUGGGUCUACAACGACUACACAUCCAUCUCAUUUACCGAUAACACUAAAUUCUAAUGUCACUUUCACCAGUGAUUCUGGUAGUUUUUCAAUAAAUUCAAAGCAAACCAAAUCACUUGCUGAUCGUGAAGCAGAAUAUAUUGCUGCAAGGCAAAAAAUAUUUGGGCAUAGUGAUGAUGUUGAAAAUAAUAACGGAAAUAGUGGUGAUAGAAUCACUGGUGAUGGUGAUGAAAGUAAAACUCAAAAAGGGAGGGUAAUCGAAGAUAAUCAUUUAAGCAUAUCUGUAAGUAACGACACAGAAGAUCCAGAAGUUGGUGAUUGGUUGGUAUUAGACAGAUUCAACCCUAAUGAAGUAGAUGGUAUGGAAGGUGAUUCUGUUCCUAUAUUUGAUAACGUUGGCUCUGAUGACGAUGCAAUAGUAUUGAUACUCGUAAUACUAACGAUUCGCUUGAAUCCUUCACGCAUCGGAUUAAAAAGUAUCUACUUGAAACGACCUGAAAUG